AGUACUCAACCUAAAAAUAAAUCUAGAAAAUCAAAAAUUAUAAUUUUUUUAAAUUUUUAUGGAUUGAACAAGUGAUGUGAUAUAAAAUUUGCAUUCUCAUGGUGCUGUUCAUUUAAUCAGUUUGGAAAAUUUAAACAAUCAUACAACAUCCAUGUCGAUGGUGAACUGGUGAAGCUCAAAGGAAUCAGAAUGGUCAGCAAGCGACGACCAAUACAUGCAACAAACUUGAAUUUUCGACCCAACGUGAAUAAUGGAAAUAAUGUGGAGCAGAAAGGCACCAAACCAACAAGUGAACCUACUUCUGUUAGAGAGAUAUUCGUAUUGAUGGUUCUAUACAUUUGCAAGAAAUCAUUAUUUUUCAAUACAAAUUUAAGAGUUUGCAUUUACCUUGGAUGUCUGUUUGUUGUGUCUCUCAUUGCUGAUGUAUUGCUGAUACCAAAAUCUUACUUAUCAAGAUCAGAUAACAUUCUCAACAGAUUCUUUGUCAAAUUUGCAUGGGGAUGGAAUUUGACUCUGGUGCUUCCUUUCAUCAUCCUCACUUCAUUUAUCUACUGUUGUGGAAAUAAACAAAAAAUUGUUCUUCAUCAUUUAUCAAGGGUGGGAGUAGCUACAUUUUUUUGGUGGUUCUGGACAUCAUUUUUCAACUACAUUGAGGCCUCUUUAGGAAGAUGUGUCAACCCUACAUUCACUACUAAAAUGAUUUGUCUUCGAGAAGGCCAUGUGUGGAAUGGUUUUGAUAUGUCUGGACAUUCAUUUAUACUCAUUUAUGGUAGUUUAUUUCUGAUUGAAGAGACAAGGUGUGUCAUAAACUGGGAUACUAUCAAGGAGCAUAUGAGGCUAGAAGAACACAGUAGGAUUACUAAAGAAACAAAAGACAGAGUAAAUCCAUUACGUAACCUUACAGACAAAGUAUUCCACCAGACCAAAGUUAACUAUGAAAAGUACACACCUUACAUUAGAUUAUUAUUUGUACUUAUAACUAUUAUACAAAUUCUCUGGGAUAUUAUGUUGAUAUCUACAAUUUUAUACUACCAUAUAAUGAUAGAAAAGUUUUUGGGUGGAGCUUCUGCAAUAGUAACAUGGUUUUUAACUUAUAGAGUAUGGUAUGUCCAACCAAAAUUGUUACCAAGCCUUCCUGGUGAAGGAGAUUUCAAGUAUACUAAAAAUAAUCCAGCACCACCAGUUCAGGUAUGGCACAAGAGAAAAAGCUUGACAGACCAAGGACCAUUAUUUAUGGGUAGACCCAUUUAUGCUAAUGUUAAAAUUGAAGAGAGUGUCCCAGCUAGAUAGCAUUUAGUUAUGGACAUAAUAAUUUAAAUUUCUUUCAACUUACCUCAUGGUGGGGGUUUUGUUUCAAGUACCUAAUUUUUUAUAUUUUCUUUUAUUUUUACUCUUAUUAUUGUUGUGGGUAUUUUUUUAUUUCUGUUGAUGAUUGAAAAUAAUAAAUUUUUUGUUUG